AGCGAAGCGGUUAGACUUGUACCACCGCGGCGCGAGAGUGAGACGGCAGCGGCGUGCGCUUCGCGUUCCGGUCAGUCAGCGUAUACCACCGGUGGUAGCGGCGGCUUCGGCGGCGGCGGUGGUUGCAGUUGGUGUGUCGUCAUCGUGAACGUGCGUAUAUUAUUAUCAUCAUCAUCAUCAUUAUUAUUAUUAUUAUUAUUAUUAUUACAAUUAUAUCGCCUCCGUGUCGUAUUGUAUUUAUAUAAUAUAAAUAUAAUAUAAUAUAAAUACGACGUGCUAUACUAUUAUUAUAGCACCGCGACAGUAGUCGCCAUCACCGCGCACGCGAUUGUAAUAAUAUCAUCACUUGGUUGUCGCAUUGCGAUAAUAUUUACGCGUUGCGUGUUGGUGAGCUCUCGCGUGUCUCUAAAGCAUAACAUAGCAGAGACUCGCGUACUCGCGACUAAAAAUUCAUCUACGUCGUCGUCACCGAGAACUACAGAUCUCGCGCGGCGAUGGUGGACCAGGUGGUCGACCUGAACGUCGGUGGCGUGUUCUACACGACGGCCGCGUCCACGCUGGUACAAGCGCAACCGUCGCUGUUGGCCGACCGGUUCAGCGGCCGGCUCGACCCGCUGCCCAAGGACAGCAAGGGCCGGUACUUCAUCGACCGCGACGGCGUGCUGUUCCGGUACGUAUUGGACUUCCUGCGGGACGGCAAGCUGUCGCUUCCCGAGAGCUUUCGGGAAAAGGAGCGGCUCCGGCUUGAAGCGGCCUACUACAGGCUGGACGGUCUCACCGAGCGGCUCCGAGAACAGAGGCCCGGCUACAUCACUGUCGGUUAUCGCGGCACGUUCGCAUUCGGCCGGGACGGGCUGUCCGACGUCAACUUCCGCAAGAUACCCCGGAUACUAAUAUGCGGUCGCGUGCAACUGUGUCGUGACGUGUUCGGCGACUCGCUCAACGAGAGCAGAGACCCGGACCACGGCGACACGGAUCGGUAUACGGCCAGGUUCUUUCUGAAACACACGUCUAUCGAACAGGCGUUCGACAUGCUUCAGGAACAAGGGUUCUACAUGGCCGGCAGUUGUGGAUCGGGCACAGCCGGUGGCACAUCCGCUGCCGAACUCAAACCGGGCGUGGACUCGGAGGAAUGCCGCUGGAAUCAUUACAAUGAGUUCGUAUUCGUCAGGGAUUCAUGAAUUUCGACAACCGACACCGUCACCGAGACGAGACGAGAUGACGAGGGUAACGCGCGCCCGUCGUCAUAUUAUUCAUAAUUUAUGACAUCUCAGACCAAACAUAUUAUUAUUAUUAUUAUUAUUAUCAUUAUUAUUAUAAUACUAUUUUGUAGAUAUUAUUAUUAUUAUUAUUCUAUUUUUGUUUUCCGUUUACGUUUCUAUAUUUUUUUUCCAUUCCUUUAAUUAUUAUUAAUAUACGUAACGUUUAUAUAUAUAUAAAAUAUAAUGAUGAUUAGUAUAUACCAUUAUAUACCAUUUAAUAUAUAUCAUUAUUAUUUUUAAUGUUAUUAUUAUUAAAUUAUUACUAGGGUCUAGAAAUAGGAAUAUUACGUUCGAAUAAUAUAUAAUAAUACAAUAUAUAUGAAUAUUUAUAUAUAUAUAUAGAUUUAUUUAUGUAUAUUCAUAUAAUAAUAAUUAAUAAACCUAUCCCUCUUCCCCACCCCCCAAAAAAA